AACCUUAGGUUUCGAUUAAAACUGCUUCUCUUCUGUUGGCGCACUUUUCCGCCGUCCGACCCGGCGCCGAUCUGUUCGCGAGUAGCCGACGGAAAUCAUCACCGCCCGCAGCAGACAGUUUCCACUCUGCUGCAGUUUGUUUCCAACUUCCCCGACGCACCGCAGGUUUCUCCGCCUGCUGACACUUCUCGUUCUUUCCCAUCCUGAGCAGCCGGAAAAUAACAUCCGCCGGCAGCCUGCCGCCGUAAUCCGCCGCUGGGAAGAGGCCGCGAGCGUCCGUCCAAGAAGAGUCGGUGAUGGGGCGAGCGAAGAAAGGUCCUAAGUUUGCUGUCACGAAGAGGCUUAUCGGUCCUAAAACCCUCAGGAAGUACAAGGAAGAGGUGUUGAAUCCUAAAAAGAAGGAUCUUGAAAAGGAGAAGCUUCCUCGCAAUGUGCCGGGUGUUUCCUCUGCAUUGGUCUUCACAUACAACGCUGCUAUUUGCCCACCUUACAGGGUUAUUGUGGACACCAAUUUCAUUAACUUCUCUAUCCAAAAUAAGUUGGAUUUGGAGAAAGGCAUGAUGGAUUGCCUCUAUGCUAAAUGCACUCCAUGCAUCACGGAUUGUGUUAUGGCUGAGCUUGAAAAGUUGGGACAGAAGUAUCGUGUGGCUUUAAGGAUUGCCAAAGAUCCUAGAUUUGAUAGGUUACCAUGCACACAUAAAGGGACUUAUGCUGAUGAUUGCAUCGUUGACAGGGUUACUCAGCAUAAAUGCUAUAUUGUUGCAACAUGCGAUAGAGACUUGAAGCGAAGGAUACGCAAGAUUCCCGGAGUGCCUAUCAUGUACAUUACAAGACACAGGUAUUCGAUUGAGAAACUACCUGAAGCAACGAUUGGCGGAGCGCCAAGAUAUUGAACAACUUCCAGUACAUGGAGCUUCUUCCUGAGUCAGAUUUUGUUAAGCAUUCUCCGUUAUGAACAAACAGAGCCAACCUGUGAGUCUUUGGGUUGUUUGUAGCUACUAGAACCUUCAAGGCGUUCAUGUAUCAACUUACAUUAAUUAUAAUAUCUUACACUAAUUUGCACGGAGAUUAGGCAAAACAAUGGCGAUUAUUGCCCAAAAUGAACUAAGCUCAUUAAUUGUGGGGGUUAUGAUUGUGAAAGUGUUUCAGAAUUUGAUUGAAUCGUUUGGUUGAAGCGUCUAACUCAAGACAUGAAAGCCAA